GGCCGCGGUCGGGCUGGUGUCGGGAGUGGCUGUAGCACCGCCGUCGCUGUUCGGCUGCGUAACUCUCCCCGGCGCGGAGCGCGGCCUAUCCCUUCCCCUCAGGCCCGGCGGCGGCGAUGGGUUCCCGGGCAUCCACACUGCUGCGGGACGAGGAGAUCGAGGAGAUCAAGAAGGAGACGGGCUUCUCCCACAGUCAAAUCACCCGCUUGUACAGUCGCUUCACCAGCCUAGACAAAGGAGAAAAUGGCACUCUUAGCCGUGAAGACUUCCAGCGGAUUCCAGAGCUUGCCAUCAAUCCACUGGGAGACAGAAUUAUCAAUGCCUUCUUUCCAGAAGGAGAGGACCAGGUGAAUUUCCGUGGAUUCAUGAGGACACUAGCCCACUUCCGACCCAUAGAAGAUAAUGAAAAGAGCAAAGACCAGAACGGACCAGAACCACUGAACAGCCGAAGUAACAAGCUCCACUUUGCUUUUCGGUUAUAUGAUCUAGAUAAAGAUGACAAGAUUUCCAGGGAUGAGCUUCUUCAGGUAUUACGGAUGAUGGUUGGUGUAAACAUUUCAGAUGAGCAGCUGGGCAGCAUUGCUGACAGGACAAUCCAGGAAGCUGAUCAAGAUGGAGAUAGUGCCAUCUCCUUUGCAGAGUUUGUAAAGGUUUUGGAGAAGGUGGAUGUAGAGCAGAAAAUGAGCAUUCGAUUUCUUCACUGAUGGAUGGAGAACCUAUUCCUUUCUACCCCUACUAUAUAAUGAAUAGAACUUCAUUUUCUCCUUAGCACCUUCCCCCAGAGCAUUGCUACUGGUGCAUAUACAAUGCAUCUCCGACCCCUCCCUGAUUUGUUCUACCAAUGUGAACAUUCCCUGUGCAUCAGGAACAAAGGGAAAUGGCUGCCAUGCAACUUGGAAAGGAGCACUUUUGUAAAUCUUUUCCUUCCUUUUUUUUUUACCCUUUCUCCCUUGUCUCCUUCUGCACUACUGUUUCAGCAAAAAUGUCUCUCCUUAUGUACUGCUGUUUAAUCUACAAACUGAUUCUUCUGAGCUCUGAAUCUGAGAAUGGAGAAAUGGGAACAUGCCACAGAAGCGCCCUCUGACACUUUGGAGACAAGCAUCUACUCAAAUACUAGGUGCAGUGAUAACGAUUCACUUUUGCUUCCAGCAGCAACACCACAUUACAGCUGCCUUUUUUUGUUUUUCCCCAUUUGGCUCUUUACAUGCAGAUUUGUUUCUUUGCUGCUUCCAAAUCUGCCUUUACUUCAGGACUUUUCAGUUUCUAUGGCUUCAUUGUACAACUAGCACUGAAUGUAUGAUGAUAGCCUAGAGUACUUUAAAGUACAGUGAAGAGAUUGUAUUCUUUGUGGGAUGAAUUCACAGGGACAAUAGGAGAAUCUGUGGUGGAGACAGGCUGUGGUGUCCUCAAAAGGAAUAGGAAUUCUGCACUAAGUCACUUAAAUUGUUCCAGUAGCAGAUGCAGAAACUUGUUUCUUUCCUUUGAGUAGCUUGCCGGCUUGACAGCCAGUGGACCAUGAAGUGCCCUCUCCAGGUUGCUUUGCUCUAGGAUCCCUCCUCUCAUCAGGGUGGUUUUGCCUCUGAAAGUGUAAACUUGUUUACCAGUGUACAUAAUGCAAGAAAACUAGUCAUGCCAAAAUCUGGAUGUGUAGUUCUGUCACUGCCCCCUGGUAAUAGUGUCAUGAAACAUAGUGCUGAUUUCCC